GUGGGACAGGCAGCCCCUCUGCCCCACUGAGGGGAGAACGUUCAGGUACCUGAUUCAUGAGCUGCCGAGGGCUCCUCGCUUCCUUGGUCCAAAAUUGCUAACUAACUAAGCCCUUUUUGUGGGAGCUUCACUGGGUCAGGGAGGCAAGUAGUUGGUAGACUGGGGGCCUCCACCCUUUUACAUUAGGAAGGGCUUCCCAUCUAUUGGAAAUUUGUACAAUGUGUGUGCAGAGGAAGGAAAUGAGUACUUUUCUCUAGCUGAGAAAUUGAAACUUAAAUGGAAGAUGAAGACUAGUCAGAUAAGCCAGGAACUGUGGCAACAGUUUGAGGUGAGGGGGAUCACAUAACACGAUCCACGUCAGAACCUUGGCUCUGUUGUGUUCAGACAGUGACAAACUAGUCUGUUCAGUCAUCUGUCUGUGACACUCCAGGUAUCACACCAAGAAGUGUGAGUCUAGACCGUGAAAUAAAGACAAUAUCCUGCCCUUGCAGUUUGAUAGUCUGGGGGGGACAGUUACAGAACCAGGCAGGAGUGGUUCCUGAUCCAGCCUUAGAGCGGGGGCCCUGAAGAAUGAAUAGGAAGGAGCUGGCCAGGUGGAAGCAGAGUGAGUGGGUAUCAAGAGACUCUGCAGAGGGCCCGGCGUGCACAAAGAGGCUUGUCCCCUGGGGCCUCGUGGAAGAUGGGAUCCUUGGAGGCAUGCAGGCUGCCUCCUACUCUCCGCAGGAGGAUACAGGGUGCCAAUUUGAGGUCAACCUCAGUGGAGAAUUCAGGUUUCUUGGCUUCUGGCCAGUUCUGUGUGACCCGUGAUAGGGUGAGGGCAAUUAUAGGGGUUUAUAAAACAAUGGUCUCUGUUCUUGAGAUGGGAAGAGUCCUUGUGUGUCUGUCCCUUGAGCAGGAGUCUUAGCCUGACCCUGAGUUGUUACAGUGUCUUUGGCACAUCGGUCACACUGCUGCAAACUCUGAGAACACUGACAAGUUUCAUCUCUGUCCUUGCUCACCUCCUUGUGCCCUGGAGUAGCCUGCCAGGGCUUCUCUCACUUGUCCCCAGGGCCUGAUGUCGGAGGCCAUGGACCAGCCUGCUGGGAGUCCUGGAAACCCGAAGCCAGGAGAGGGUGGUGAUGGCAGCAUGGAGCCGGGUACCUGCCAAGAGCUCCUGCACCGGCUGCGGGAGCUGGAGGCAGAGAACUCAGCACUUGCCCAGGCCAACGAAAACCAGCGGGAGACGUAUGAGCGCUGUCUGGAUGAGGUGGCCAAUCACGUGGUACAGGCGCUGCUGAACCAAAAGGACCUGCGGGAGGAGUGCAUCAAGCUGAAGAAGAGGGUGUUUGACCUGGAACGGCAGAACCAGAUGCUGAGCGCCCUAUUUCAGCAGAAACUCCAGCUCACAGCAGGCUCCCUCCCUCAGAUCCCACUCACCCCACUCCAGCCACCAUCAGAGCCACCAGCCUCCCCCUCCCUGAGCUCCGCCGAGGGACCGGCCACCUUGCUGCCUUUGGGGCGCUGUGCUGGGCAGAGAGAGGUGUGUUGGGAGCAGCAGCUACGGCCAGGAGGCCCAGGACCCCCAGCUGCCCCACCCCCAGCACUGGAUGCCCUAUCCCCAUUCCUUCGAAAGAAAGCCCAGAUCCUGGAGGUGCUGAGAGCCCUGGAGGAGACUGACCCUUUGCUUCUCUGCUCACCUGCUACCCCCUGGCAGCCUCCAAGCGAGGGUCCUGGCUUCCCAGAGCCCAUCAACGGCGAGCUGUGUGGCCCACCCCAGCCUGAACCCUCUCCCUGGGCCCCCUACCUGCUCCUAGGCCCUGGUAGCCUGGGAGGCCUGCUGCACUGGGAGCGUCUCUUAGGGGGCCCAGGAGAGGAAGAGGGUGUUGGACAGCCCUGGGGCCCUAGUCAGGGCUCCCCACAGGCCCAGGGCACCAGUUCUGGGCCACCCUGUGCCCCAGGCAGCAGCUCCUCCUCCUCUUCUGAUGAGGCAGGUGACCCCAAUGAGGCACCCAGCCCCGACACCCUGCUCGGGGCCCUGGCCUGCAAACAGCUGAACCUAGGCCAGCUCCUCGAGGACACAGAGUCUUACCUACAGGCCUUUUUGGCCGGGGCUGCUUGCCCUCUCAACGGGGACCACCCAGGUCACAGGCAGCCAACUUCCCCAGACCAGGGGCCCCCCCAGCUGUCCAAGUCCAAAUGCCUCCCCAAGUCAACCUGGGGUGGGGGUACCCCAGAGGCCCACAGGCCGGGCUUUGGUGCUACCUCAGAGGGCCAGGGGCCCCUCCCCUUCCUCAGUGUAUUCAUGGGUGCAGGGGACACCCCCCUGGGCUCGCGGCCUGGCCACGCCCACUCCUCAUCUCAGGUGAAAAGCAAGCUCCAAAUUGGCCCCCCUUCUCCUGGAGAAGCCCAGGGACCCCUUCUGCCCUCUCCAGCCAGAGGUCUCAAAUUUCUAAAGCUGCCUCCAGCCUCAGAGAAGGUCCCUAGCCCAGGAGGCCCCCAGCUCAGUCCCCAACUCCCUCGGAAUUCCCGAAUCCCCUGUCGGAACAGUGGCUCAGAUGGCAGCCCCUCCCCGCUGCUGGCCCGCAGGGGCCUGGGUGGAGGAGAGCUGUCCCCGGAGGGGGCGCAGGGUCUGCCCACCAGCCCUUCACCUUGCUCCACAACCCCAGACACUGCACAGCUCAGACCUCCCCAGCCAGCCUUGUCCACUACACUUUCCCCAGGACCAGUGGUAUCUCCUUGCUACGAGAACAUUUUGGACCUUUCUCGGAGCACCUUUAGGGGGCCUUCCCCAGAGCCACCUCCAUCCCCACUGCAGGUGCCCACCUAUCCACAACUAACUCUGGAGGUGCCACGGGCCCCUGAGAUCCUCAGAAGCCCUGGAGUCCCCUCCAGCCCUUGCCUCCCAGAAUCCUGUCCCUAUGAGAGUGGUCAGGAAAAGAGUUUGGACAAGGUAGGCUCAGAGUCUCCCCAUCCUGGCCGCAGGACCCCAGGCAGCUCCUCCAAGAAGCCUGGCCAGGGGGUGGGGCGGCGACCUGGGGAUCCUGGCUAUACACCUCUACGGGACAGACUGGCAGCCCUGGGAAAACUGAAGACUGGCCCUGAGGGGCCCCAGGGCCCAGAGAAGAACGGGGUACCAGCCAGGCCUGGCACCGAGAAGGCCCGAGGAGCAGGGAGGUCAGGGGAGAGCACCGGAGACAUGGGACCCCCGACCUCCAGGCCCCCUGAGCAGCCAGAAGCCAAGGGGGGCCUGCGGGGGGCAGUAGCCUUAGGCACAAGCAGCCUGAAGCAACAGGAAUCAGGGCUCCUGGGGGACCCUGGGACCCGAGUCUACUCUUCUCACUCCAUGGGGGCCCGGGUAGACCUGGAGCCUGUUUCACCAAGGAGCUGCCUCACCAAAGUGGAGCUGGCCAAGAGCCGGCUGGCAGGGGCCCUGUGCCCCCAAGUACCCCGCACCCCUGCCAAAGUGCCAACCUCAGCCCCCAGUCUCGGCAAGCCCAAUAAGAGCCCCCACGGCAGCCCGACAAAGCUGCCUUCUAAGUCACCCACCAAGGUGGCACCCCGACCUGUGGCCCCACCAGCCACCAAGGAGCCCCCCAAGCCUGACAAAGGGAAGGGCCCACCUUGGGCAGACUGUGGUGGCACCACAGCCCAGCCCACACCCCCAGCACCUGGCCCUGUUGACCCAAGCCCAGGCCCCGAGGGGCAGGCCCCACACUCAGCCAUUGAGGAGAAGGUGAUGAAGGGCAUUGAGGAAAAUGUGCUGCGGCUCCAGGGCCAGGAGCGGGCGCCUGGCACUGAGGCCAAGCACCGCAACACCAGCAGCAUUGCCAGCUGGUUCGGCCUUAAGAAGAGCAAGUUGCCAGCGCUGAACCGCCGCACAGAGGCCACCAAGGGCAAGGAAGGGGCCAGCGGAGGCUCCCCACUCCGGAAGGAGGUCAAGAUGGAAGCCCGGAAGCUGGAGGCUGAGAGCCUCAACAUCUCCAAGCUGAUGGCUAAAGCGGAAGACCUGCGCCGGGCGCUGGAGGAGGAGAAGGCCUACCUGAGCAGCAGAGCCCGGCCACGACCCGGGGGACCAGCGCCAGGGCCCAGUGCAGGCCUGGGGCAGGUGCAGGGCCAGUUAGCCGGCAUGUACCAGGGUGCUGACACCUUCAUGCAGCAGCUGCUCAAUAGGGUGGAUGGCAAGGAGCUGCCCCCCAAGAGUUGGCGGGAGCCCAAACCUGAGUAUGGUGAUUUCCAGCCAGUGUCCUCUGACCCCAAGAACCCUUGGCCAGCCUGUGGGCCCCGAAAUGGCCUGGUGGGCCCUCUUCAAGGCUGCGGAAAAUCUCCUGGGAAGCCAAGCUGUGAGCCAGGGAGGCGGGAAGAGAUGCCCUCAGAAGACAGUCUGGCAGAACCAGUGCCCACUUCACACUUCACAGCCUGUGGCUCUUUGACUCGAACCCUGGACAGUGGCAUUGGGACAUUCCCACCCCCAGACCAUGGCAGCACUGGGACCCCCAGCAAGAAUCUUCCCAAAACCAAGCCACCACGGCUGGAGCCCUCACCCGGGGUGCCCCCAGCUCGGCCCCCACCCCUUACCAAAGUCCCUCGCCGUGCCCACACACUGGAGCGUGAGGUGCCUGGCAUAGAGGAGCUGCUGGUGAGCGGGCGGCACCCCAGCAUGCCGGCCUUCCCUGCCCUGCUCACCGCUGCUCCGGGCCACCGGGGCCAUCAGACCUGUCCUGACGGUGAGUGUCUGGGCAGGUGGGUGGGCCUCUCUGGGAGCUCCACCUACCACCCACCUUCCCUUUGUCCCGGACAGAUCCCUGUGAAGACCCAGCACCUCCCCCUCCUGUCCAGCUGGCCAAGAACUGGACCUUCCCCAAUGCAAGGGCAGCCAGCGGCUCCUCUGACCCUUUCCUAUGCCCACCCCGACAAUUGGAGGGGUUGCCCAGGACCCCCAUGGCUCUGCCGGUGGACCGAAAGCGGAGCCUGGAGCCCAGCCGCCCAGCUGCUGCGCCCCAGGGCCCAGCAUUUGGGGGUAGCCGCACCCCCAGCACGUCGGACAUGGGCGAAGAAGGGAGAGUGGCCAGCGGGGGCCCCGCAGGGCUGGAGACCUCAGAGUCUCUCAGCGACUCGCUCUACGAUUCGCUGUCCUCCUGCGGGAGUCAGGGCUGAAGGGCUGCGCGGGGACAUGGGCCCUCUCUGGAGUUGGCAACCACAGACUGGACCGGCUCUCCUCGCACCCGCCCCUUUGGGGCCCUGGAGGCUUCUCCCAGAAGGGACCAAGGAGGCAGAUGGACAGGAAGGUGAAAGGGGGUCCCCGGCACACCCCACUGCCCCCCGCUGCUGUGGAGGAGAUGACCGUGCUCAGCUCAGGGAGAGACCCCACCCUUGGUCCCUUCUCUCACCCAGAAUAAGGCUCUUCCUUGGAGAGACUGGGGGUUCAAGGCUGCUGUGUCCUGGCCCCCAGCUCCCACUUCAGGCUGAGCCAUCUUGUGGUGCUGGGCUUCCUGCCCACCGGCCGUGCCAUCUCCGCCCGCUCUGGCGGCUCCCCUGCCCCGGAGGCCCUGCAGGGCCAGCCCAGAAGCCCCAUGCUGGUGGAGUUUAGGGGCAAAGGGUCAAGUUGCCUUCUUUCUCUGUCUGCCCUGGUCCUCCCUGCUGUCUGGAUGGUGCUGCCCUCCCCCGCCCCAGUUCUUUGGGGUCCAUUUGUCUGUCUUCUUAUUUUUUAUCUUUUAUUUUUUAUUUUUUAUUAAAGCGCCUGGCCCAGUCCCCAUCCCUCAUCCCCGCGCUGCGGUUAAUUUAUCUGUCGUUAAAAUUGCGGCUGCUCUGCUUCCAGCCUCUACUUCUGCCGUAUCCCUAAUAAAACGUGGAGGCCUCUCCCUGCCCCUGA